AAAACACUACCACCAAAAACGCCAAGAAGGCCCACCAUUGACUCGGCUUACAGAUUGAAGUGGACGGUAACGAGCUGCUUGGUUACACUACCUGUCGCUCUGUAGAAAUUUUGUAAACAUGUCUACUUUUAAUGAAGCCUCAGAAAGCAGAAAACAAAGACUUGCUGAGCUUAGACGAAUCAAUCAACUUCAACGGGAACAGCAAAACCAUGAGGGAAAUGAUAACGAAAACGAAACAAAUUCGUCGGUGUUAAAGUUCAGGAAUUACGAUCCUGUUACACAGGCUCCCAAAAUGGGAUUUGUGGAGCCACCAACGAUAGGAGAGGAAACGGUGGAAAAGGUGGCCGCCAACAUUGAAGAAGAAACCCAAAAAGUGUUAGAAGAGCAGCAGGCAAUUCCGGAAGAAGAGCUUGAUUUAACGUCCCUUCGACCAAAAAAAGCUACGUGGGACUUGGAACGCGACUUGAAAGAACGGAUGACUGCAUUAGAGACAGCAACACAAAACGCAAAAGCUUACUACAUUCGGCAGACCAUAGAAGAACGGAAAAAACAAGCUUCUCAAGAACAAGCCGUAUAAAUGUGCACGGAAGGAAGAAAGAUUACUUUAUUCGUUACAAAUAUCU